AUGAGUCUGCUGUCGAAAGGACUGGAUUUCGCUCUCGCGCCCCGUGCCGUGCCGAAACGGGAAAUCAUAGUGGAAAUCGAAGACAGGCUUCGCCACAUCAAGGACUCAACAGGUGUCAACCUAGCACGGAGCCGCAUCGCCACCAUCCUAAACAACGUGACUGGGUCACCCUCCGACCUGUCUAAGCAAGAACGGUCGGCGCCGCGUGACUUGCGCUCGGACAAAUCAGUCAUCGUCUUGCCAGCGAAUAAAGGGAAAGGCACGGUUAUAUUGGACACGGAGGACUACCGUCCGAAGAUGCAAGAGAUCCUCGACGAUGCUGCGCACUUCGUCCCUUUGAAGCAUGACCCAACUGCUAAAGCGGAACGCUCUUUGGUGGGCCACCUCCGUGAGUUAAAGAAGAAGGGCCACCUAGAUGAUGCCACCUACCGCCGCCUCUUCUCAUCAGACGGCGCGACUCCCAGAAUGUACGGCCUCCCUAAGAUACACAAGCCUGGGUGCCCUCUGAGACCGAUUGUUUCGUUCAUCGGGUCGCCGACGUACAACCUAUCCAAGUAUCUAGUAGAACUUGUGCCUUCCUUUACCGGCAACAACAACCUGACGGUGCGCAACUUGAAGGAGUUUGUCGAGCUGGUCCGAACGCAAGCUCCCAGCAACAACGAUGUCAUGGUGUCAUUUGAUGUGGUGUCACUGUUUACCGACGUUCCGAAGGAUCUCGCGGUACCAGUGGCGGAGGCCCGACUACGGAAGGACAGCACCCUGCCAUCACGAACGUCACUCACAGUUGAAGAGGUAGCUAUACUCCUGAGAUUCUGCCUCAAUCAAACUCAUUUCACCUUCAACGGCAAGUCUUAUCAUCAAAUCGAAGGACGCCCUAUAGGAAGCCCUGUGUCAGUGAUGCUGGUCAUGGAGCACAUUGAAGAGACGGCCAUGGAACGGUUGUCCCGCCCAGUUAAGUUCUACCGCCGCUACGUAGAUGACGUUCGUCAUCCUAGACAGGGACCACGUCGAUGA